AUGUUUUUGACUCUUAGAUUAUUAGGUAAUCGACAUCCAUCGUUCAUCGCUCGCACAGUGUUUGUAAAAAACAAUAACGUGGACGAUGCUUGCAGACUUCUUAACAGAAUUCUUGGGAAAGAAGGGAUUUUAGAACAAUUUAGACUAACCCGACAUUAUGAGAAGCCGUUCCAGACUCGUCGACGAGUUAACCACGAAAAAUGUAAAGCCAUAUACAAUGAAGAUAUGGAAAGAAAGAUCCAGUUUGUUCUGCGCAAGAACAGACACGAGCCCUUCCCUGGUUGCCAUUAA